AUGGAUCCUUCAUUCUUUCAAUCCCAAAAUCAAAUUCCCGUUUCACAAAACUCGCCGGAAUAUUACUUAGAAUCGUGGGAUGAUUUUCUUUUCGAUCAAAAUUUGCUUCCGUUUAACGUCAACGAUUCCGAAGAAAUGCUACUUUUUGGUGUGCUAGCAGAUGGCGGUGCCACCGUAAGGGAGUCGUCGGAAUCCAUUUCCGCUGCUGGAAGUUGUAAAGAGGAAGAAGUCACCUCGAAUGUGAAAAAAGUACUGGAGAAGGAAAAAUCAUACAGAGGUGUGAGGCGGCGGCCUUGGGGGAAAUACGCGGCGGAGAUUAGGGAUUCAACUAGGAAUGGAGUCAGGGUUUGGAUUGGAACGUUCGAUUCCGCAGAGGCCGCCGCCUUGGCGUAUGAUCAAGCGGCGUUUUCUAUGAGGGGUGCGGCGGCGGCGCUCAAUUUUCCGGUGGAGAGAGUGAAGGAAUCACUUCAAGAAAUGAAAUACAAAUUUGAAGAAGGGUGUUCUCCUGUGAUUGCAUUGAAGAAAAGGCAUUCAAUGAGGAAAAAUUCAGGGAUUAAAAAGAAGAAAAUUAAAGAAUCAAAGGCAGAAAAUUUGUUGGUUUUAGAGGAUUUGGGUGUUGAAUAUUUGGAGUCACUUUUGAGUUCAUCAUCAUCAUCAUCAUCAGUGUGUGCUGGAGUUUGGUGA